GAUCGUACUUUUUGGCGCACAAUUAGAUACUCAUAAUUAUUCGCAAACAAUCUCGUGUGUGAUCAAAGAGUUACUAGUUAGUUCGGUGCGUGUGACGAAAGGGUAGUAAUCUCGGGUGAUCUCGAAAAGCAUCGCGACGAUAUAGAAUCUCGUUUGUUCGCCUAUAGGUGAAAGACAAUGCCGUCCGACGCGAAGAAGAAGCAGCAGCAGAAGAAGAAGGAGGCCGCGAAAGCGAGGCAGUCUGGCAAGAAGCCGCAGAGCAAUAAUCAGAAGGUGACCGAGGACGGUAAGGAGCAAAGCCCGACGUUGGGAGACGUGCAGAAUGGCACCAACGGCACGGCUAUCAGCGCCGAAGAGGCAUUAUGUAUAAAAUUGGAGGAAGAUGCCAGAUUAAACGCUGAUGCACGUUCGUGCACGGGUUCGCUGGCUUCACAUCCACGCAGUCGAGAUAUAAAGAUAUCUAACUUUUCUAUUACUUUCCAUGGCUGUGAACUACUGCAAGAUACUAUGUUGGAAUUAAAUUGCGGUAGACGUUACGGAUUAUUAGGUCUAAAUGGCUCCGGAAAGUCUACAUUGUUAGCGGUGUUAGGAAACCGCGAAGUUCCUAUCCCGGAGCAAAUAGAUAUUUUUCAUUUGACUAGAGAAAUGCCUGCAAGCAAUAAGACAGCUGUGGAAUGUGUGAUGGAGGUUGACGAGGAACGUGUGAGAUUAGAGAAGCUUGCCGAAGAAUUAGUGGACUGCAACGAGGAGGAUGCUCAGGAACAACUCAUGGAUAUAUAUGAGAGAUUAGAAGACAUGGCAGCUGACACAGCAGAAGCUCGUGCUGCCCAUAUUUUGCAUGGUUUGGGUUUUACUGCAAAAAUGCAAAAAACUCCUACCAAAGACUUCUCAGGAGGUUGGCGGAUGCGUAUAGCUCUUGCUAGAGCGCUGUAUGUGAAACCACAUUUGUUGUUACUCGACGAACCGACCAAUCAUCUUGAUCUCGAUGCUUGCGUAUGGUUAGAAGAAGAACUCAAAACCUAUAAACGGAUUCUCGUUAUAAUCUCACACUCUCAAGAUUUCCUCAAUGGCAUUUGUACCAAUAUCAUCCAUGUCAAUAAAAAGCAGUUGAAAUAUUACACCGGUAAUUACGAGGCGUUCGUGAAAACAAGAAUGGAAUUACUUGAAAAUCAAGCGAAGCAAUAUAAUUGGGAACAGGAUCAGAUUGCACAUAUGAAAAACUACAUCGCCCGAUUUGGUCACGGUUCGGCAAAAUUAGCUAGACAAGCACAAUCGAAAGAAAAAACUUUAGCGAAAAUGGUGGCGCAAGGUCUGACCGAAAAAGUUGUUAAUGAUAAAGUGCUAAACUUCUAUUUUCCUUCGUGCGGAACGAUUCCACCACCGGUUAUUAUGGUUCAAAAUGUCAGUUUUCGUUAUAACGAGGAUGCUCCUUGGAUUUACAAGAAUCUAGAGUUUGGAAUUGAUUUGGAUACCAGAAUCGCAUUGGUUGGGCCAAACGGAGCAGGAAAGAGUACCCUGUUGAAACUGUUGUAUGGUGAUUUAGUACCGACAAGCGGAAUGAUUCGCAAAAACAGUCAUCUCCGAAUCAGUAGAUAUCACCAACAUUUGCAUGAGUUACUGGAUUUAGAUAUAUCGCCUCUCGAUUAUAUGAUGAAGGCUUUCCCCGAGGUGAAAGAGCGUGAAGAAAUGAGAAAGAUUAUUGGCCGCUAUGGUCUAACUGGACGUCAACAAGUUUGUCCUAUUCGUCAAUUGUCCGAUGGUCAACGUUGUCGGGUUGUGUUUGCCUGGUUGGCUUGGCAAGUGCCUCAUCUGUUGUUGCUCGAUGAGCCUACCAAUCACUUGGACAUGGAAACGAUCGAUGCGCUUGCUGAUGCCAUCAACGACUUUGACGGUGGCAUGGUUCUUGUAUCGCACGACUUUAGAUUGAUUAAUCAGGUCGCUGAAGAAAUCUGGGUGUGCGAGAAUGAAGCAGUUACAAAAUGGAGUGGCAAUAUUUUGGAUUAUAAGGAGCAUCUUAAAGACAAGGUCCUGUCCGACAACCAAAAGAGACAGAAGGACUUGGCGAAUCGAGGAAAAUAAUAGAGGCAGCGCUGUGAUUUUGAUCCGCUUCUUUUUCCAGUGCACUAUACCUCCAUAUUUAUAGGAUUUUUUUUCUGAAAAUUGUAAUAUGUUAAUCGACACUGUAUAUGCUAUAUUGUGUAGCGCAUCAGUGAUUGAUUACAUCACUUAGUUAAUUUAUUAAAGUAUUAGAAGACCGAAAUUAAUACUUGACAACUCGCAGGUUGUUGUGGCGCAUUACUACAGUAGAAAUCUAGAAAUUUGAGAAUUCGUGCAUAUUACAAAAAAAAAAAAACAGAUUGAAUUUAAAUAAAUUAUCGACAAGCUCUAUAUUUAACAUGAGUAUAUAGAAAAAGACAGGACGAAAGAAUCCAGUGAUUUUUCUUUGACGAUCAACUUCAUUAUAAAUUCCUACUAAUCUAAAACAAUUUGAUUAUCUUCAAGAAUAUAAAGUAUUGUAACGUGUACAAACAUAUGCAGGUACGAUCGAUUAUA